AUGUUGGCCCAGAAAGAUGACCUUGGAAAAGAAUACAUGGUGGCCUAUGCCAGCUGUGCAUUCACAAAGCCCGAAAAAAACUAUAGUACUACUAACCUCAAGUGCCUUGCCGUUUUAUAUGCAAUCGAAUAUUUUUGCCACUAUUUUGGCUUGAAUCACUUUUUUGUUGUCACUGAUUAUGCAGCGCUGAAGUGGCUACAAACUUCUGCAUUGACUGGCAGUAAAGCUCGCUGGGAUUUCUGA